UGACCAGGCAAAGUUCAAGCGAACGCCCUGCAAGCGGCGUCAAGUUCCGGGGCUGGGCAAUCAGCACCCAAAUUUAGGUCUAUCGCAUGGCACAAACCGUGUAAAAAUUCACUGAUAUGCCUAUUGACACAUCGGGCCGGUCUUGUAAUGGAAGAGUCUUGUAGUUUCCGAAAAUAUUUGCUCACCAAACGAUAGUACCGUUGGCGCGCGUCCAGUUAAACAAACAGCGACUGGAGGGUAUAAACUGUGGCGUUGGUACCCGAUGAACCAGUAGAAGUUCGAACGUGUUUUGGUGCCAAUUGCUAUGUUGAAGCUGGCACUGGGGUGUGCCUUAUUCGGGCUGGUCACGUGUGGAUUCUUCGAUUUCAGCGAAGUGGAUGAUCCGUUUGCCAUGCUGUGGAAUUCGCACGUUGGGCAGAAGCUUAGGGAGUGCAGCGUCGACGGGAACACCAAGGGAACAUGCAUGGACAAGAGCGCUUGUUUGCAAAGUGGCGGCAAACCCAUCUUCUCCAAGUGCCCCUUUUUCAAAACAUGCUGCUCAUAUUCAGAUAAAAACAAUUGUGUGGGAGAGUCGAACGCCAAGCAGGGUCACUUUGAGUCCGGAAAAGUCGCCACAAAUCUGACCGAUUGCAGAUACACCAUCAAUCUGAAGAACAGGAACGUGUGCCAAGUGAGCUCCUCACGGGGCAAUUCAAUAUUUUCCGGACAGCAGUGGUAACCUUUCCUCUUUCGGUUACACCGGAACAGACAACUAUGUGAUGCCCCUGUAUUAUGCGAUUGCCUUUAGAAGGCCGGCAUCCACAUGUGGCGUAAAGCGCUCCUCCUGGACCAUUCUACAUCCACUUCAAAGCAACCAGCGUUUUGACCGCAGUUAACAAUGUUUAUCCCUCAGACACCACAGGGUUCUCCAUGAACUACGAAAUAACCAGUUGCUCUUAAUCUACCAGCUUGAAAUAAAUCGUUUCCAGCUUA